CUCGUGGUCCAUUUUCUAUUUUAUUAAAUUGAAUGACUUUCUUUAAAACCCAAAUAAAUGUACUAUAUAUAUAAAUCACAAAGCACCUCCAAAAAUUUAUAACCCAAAGAAGAAAUAUUACCAUUUAAUUGAAGGAAAAAAACCCAGCAAAACUUGCUAGAAAUGGCAAUUGACAACCUCCCUAGUGCAACAACUAGUGAUGAAAGCCACCAUUCGGGUUCAUAUAUUCGUAACCUUGUUAAGCAUCUUACAACUACAAAACCCUUAAACACAAACCAAAACUUGAUCAACAACGAUGCUCUUAUUGUUGGGGAGUUUAAUCAACCAUCAACAACCACCAAAAAGGGUGACAAAUUAGGCAUGACAAAGCCAAACAACCACCACAACAACCACCAACAACAAGGUCAUAAGAAGCAAGUCCGGCGGCGGCUCCACACGAGCCGCCCGUACCAAGAGAGACUCCUCAACAUGGCCGAGGCAAGGAAGGAGAUUGUUACCGCGCUUAAGUUUCAUCGAGCCUCCAUGAAACAAGCGAACGAGCGGAAACAACAACCGCAACACGAACAACACCACCAUCUCCAACAUCAUCAAUCCAUAUUUGGUGUACAAGAUUAUCAACAAACUUGUAGUAUUGUAAAAAAUGAACCAUCAUCUUCUUCACUAGAAAACUUUUCUUAUUAUCCUUCACAAAACAAUAAUAGUAGUUAUACUUGGGGUAAUAUUUCUUCACCUCCUCAACCUAAUAAUAUGUAUGGAACCUUAAACAACAUCCCACUCCCUAAUCAAACAUUAGGGUUAAACCUAAACCUCCAAGCUUUUACAAACUUGGACACACCUUUUUGCCAUGACAUAAACACAACAACAACCUACAACAAUAAUAAUAGUAAUAACCCAUCAUCAUCAUCAAUGUCACCGUCGUCGUCGUCGUCCUCGACACCGAGAGAUCUCGGUACCGCGACGACGACGACGACGACCGAGGGCGUGGGGAUGACUAGUGGGAAUUGUAUGGAUAUGCACCCUGCACUAGAUGAUGCGGAGAUGGCGGUGAUUAGAUCAAUAGGAGAGCAACAUCAAAUAGAGAUGGAUGAUACUUUGAAUUUGGUGAAGUCAGCUUGGUGGUUUAAGUACCUUAAAACGGUGGAUUUUGGUAAGGAAAUUAAAGGGGAAAAAGUUAGUUAUGAUCAUAAUAAUAAUCUUCCAUUUGAGGAGUUGAUGGAGUUUCCAACUUGGUUGAGUGCAAAUAAUGAGGACAACUUCUUGCAACAACAUUUGGAUGAUUCUUGCUCUGAGGAUACUACUUUGCCUUGGAUGGAUAUCGGAGACAUUGAUGGAAUGGAUGAUGAGUGGCUAUCUUAAACACCAUUAAUUUACCACUUCUGAGUUGUUCUGAGUUCUGAUCUUGCUUCUUCCCAAUGAAGUUCUUGCAAAGACAAUAUAUCACACGAGGAUACAUGGAUUUUAUGCUUCUUAUUUAUAAAGAGAUUAAUUAAUUAAUUAAUUAAUUAAUUAGGAACGAAUGGUGGAUAAUCAGCCUCCUGUGAUUUGUCAUUUACCCCUGUUUUUUUUUAUUAAUUUAAAAUAAAAGGGUUUGCUCUGAUAUUUUUAAGAGAGGAAAAGCAUGCCAUUGGAGGGGAGCACUGUUAGAUCAUUGUCUGUAUUUUGGGUUGUCUAUGUCUACUUCUUAAUUUUUAUACGAAGUACUCCGUAUUUAUUUAAGGAAAUAUUAUACUUCUA